UCUGACCCACGUGGUAGCAGCGGUGUCAGAGGAGCAUCUCAGAUCAUGGAAGAACUACCAGCUGAUGUGCGGGCUUUCCUGUGCCAGCACCCCAGCCUGAGGCUGCUGCCGAAUACUCAGAAGGUACGCUGCUCUCUAACCGGCCAUGAGCUACCCUGCCGUCUGCCGGAGCUUCAGGUCUACACCAGCGGCAAGAAGUACCAGCGGCUGUCCAGAGCCUCCCCGGCCUUCGAUUACACAGCAUUCGAGCCACACAUCGUGCCCAGCACAAAGAAUCUGCACCAAUUGUUCUGCAAACUCACCCUGAGGCACAUCAACAAGUCCCCAGAGCAUGUGCUGAGGCAUGUCCAGGGCCGGAGGUAUCAGAGAGCACUUCAUCAAUAUGAGGAGUGUCAGAAACAAGGUGUGGAGUAUGUCCCUGCCUGCCUAUUGCACAAGAAGAGGAAGAGGGAGGACCACAUGGAUGGAGAUGGGCUACCUGGUCAGAGAACAGCUUUCUGGGAGCCAGCUUCCAGUGAUGAGGGAGGAUCCCUGAGUGAUGACAGCAUGACAGACCUAUACCCACCUGAGCUAUUCACAAAAAAAGAUCUGGGCAAGCCUGAGAACGACACUACUGAAGACUUUCUGACAGACCAAGAGGAAGAGAAGCCAAAGCAGUCGAGAGAGAAGGGCACUGGGGAGAGGAGAGAAGUCAAAGUGGACCGCAAGAGGAGCCGUAAACUCACAAAGAAGCAGUUCACCUCAUUGACCAAGAAGUUCAAGAGCCAUCAUCACCACAAGCCCAAGAACUUCAGUUCUUCCUUUAAGCAGCUGGGAAAAUGAACCGUGCAGAGAAAGCCUUUGGGUGUCCUUGGAACUGGCCACCGAUGUCCUGACAUUGGCUGUUGCCCAGAGUGGGCCUGGAGGUUCUGUUCAGAAGGUGACAGCAGCAGGGAUUUGAAGAUUCCUCUUCGUACAUGGCUUUUCUGUGGUCUUUAGUGACUCACUGUAGCAUCCUGACU